AUGACGUCAACAACAAAAACAGCUUGGCCAGAAUUAGUCGGUAAAACAGCUGAUGAAGCUGUUAAAGUUAUUAAAGAAGAAUCAGGUUUAGAAAAAAUUCAUGUAUGUGGACCAGGUUCAAGAACUACACGUGAUAUUGAUGAUGAACGUGUACGUGUAUAUGUCGAUGAAGAUAAUAAAGUAACAUCGGGACCAACAUGUGGAUAA